AAGAGCCUCAUUUACUGAACGUAAUACGUAGCCGCAGCAGUAGUAGCUAGUAGCUUGCUAGCUGGUUAGCUUACAAGAAAGAAGAUGGAUUCUCCCAUACUGGAACCAUCCUUGUACACUGUCAAAGCCGUUCUGAUUCUAGACAACGAUGGAGACAGGCUUUAUGCAAAGUAUUAUGAUGAUACAUACCCGACAGCGAAGGAGCAGAAGGCGUUUGAGAAGAACAUAUUCAACAAAACACACAGGACGGACAGUGAAAUAGCAUUACUCGAGGGCCUCACUGUUGUCUACAAGAGCAACAUAGACCUCUUCUUCUAUGUGAUCGGAAGUUCACAUGAAAAUGAGCUUAUGCUCAUGGCUGUUCUAAACUGCCUCUUUGAUUCGCUCAGUCAGAUGUUGAGAAAGAACGUUGAAAGGAGGGCCUUGUUGGAGAAUAUGGAGGGCCUCUUCCUGGCUGUGGAUGAAAUUGUAGAUGGAGGGGUGAUCCUAGAGAGUGACCCACAGCAAGUUGUGCACCGUGUGGCUCUCAGAGGGGAUGAUGUGCCUUUGACCGAGCAGACAGUCACCCAGGUUCUUCAGUCUGCCAAAGAACAGAUCAAGUGGUCUCUUCUACGGUAGAGCCCCCGCUGCACCGGUCGACAAAAUGAGCCGCUGUACGGUCCAGUCUUUGUGGCACUGAUCUGCAUUCUCCUUCUCAUUUCCACUCCUGAAAUCAAAGCUGUGAGGAGUACCACUGGCUGAUCCAGUCACACUCCCAGGACUACUGCUCAAUUCUUUCCUUUAUUCUAUUUUACAGGCAUUGUGUAACAUGAGGAUAAGAUAUGUUGUACAUUCCAUUACAAAGACUGUUGUGUUUGUUUUUGCAAUACAGAAUAUGGUUGUUUAUACCAUCUGUCUAUAAACAUUGAUAAACCUCAUCAUAGCCUGUGGUAACAUUCCUCGAGUCUUCUUACACCAGAAUUGUCUCCCGUUUGACAGCACCCGGUCAUCUUACUGUACAAAGUAUUGAGGCACUAUCUUGACAUUUAAUCCACAUGAAUAUUGUGAUUGAAAGUGUAAAACUAGUACUGUAGUUAUACCGAUGAUCACAGAGGUCUGUUUUGAAUCUGUUUCGUCCGGGGAUCUUCCAUUCAUCAGAUAUACAUAAUAAAUGUUUGUUGACACUGAUGUGUGAACAGGUUUGAUGUCUAACAUUA